AUGUCAGUACAAAAAGUAUUUGGAAGAUUCAAAAGAGAUCCCAGUAAGAAAACUCAUAGCUUGAAAUCAAUUGUUCGCCAUUAUAAAGAUAGUUGGAGAUCCAGUACUAUUCUGCUAGAUCCAAGCACUUUGAAUGAUGAAUUUGAAGAUUUAGAGUCAAAAUUUAUUCCUGAACUCUCGCCUCCACUUUUCAAUAGAACGUUUCAUUUUGGGAUUCGACGAACAUUAAGUCUUGGGAGGAAGAACAAGAGUUUGAAAGAGAACAUAUUCCAGCACGCACCGGAAGUUCAUGAAAACACUGGUGAAUAUAGAAGUAAACAAAAACCAUUUGAACAGGUAGGUACGCAUUUCAAACGUUCAAAACCUCGAACCGGUUCAAUCCUUACCAUAAGUCCAGAUUUCCAACCACGAAUCGAUUAUGUCCCGUUGGGGGAUAUUGAUGCUUUCGACAAAGGAUAUUUGAAUGAGGUGAGACAAUCUCUAAUCAACCUUAGAAGAACUCAUCAGUUAUCUUGA